AUGCGUGGUCUCAAAUCUUCGUUGUCCGCUGCAUUUCUGUCUCUUGUCGCUCUGAAUGGGUCAGGAGCCCAGGCAUAUCGCUGGUUCAAUUGGCAGGUUGACAUUACUUGUGAUGCAACUGGCUUCUUUGUCCCUGCCAACGAGUCUGAGCUUAUUGAAUUUGUUCAGUACCAUUACCCACUCAAGACCCACUUGAGACCUGUCGGCAAUGGCCACGGUUUUGGUAAUCUAACUACAUGCGUGAAUGACGGACAAACGGACAGAGAAUCUUACAUUCUCAGCUUGACCAACUUGAAGCAUCUCGAUAUCCGUGUCAAUAAUACAGUCACCUUUGGUGGGGGUUGGGAUUUGGUUGAUCUUAUUCCGACUCUUCAUGACGAAGGCCUCCAAGUGCACAACCUGGGCAGUGAGAUGGUACAAAACUACAUUGGUGCUGCAACUACAGGCACCCAUGGCACUGGCAAGGAAAACCAAAAUCUUGCGACCCAGAUUCUUGGUAUGCGUGUGCUUGAUGCAAAGGGUAAUGUCCAUGUCAUUGAUAAAGAUAACAAUCUUGACGCCUUCCGAGUUGCCAUUGGAGCUUUGGGUCUUAUCACUGAAGUAACCCUUCAAGCGGAACCCUUGUCAUACCUAAAGCGGACCAGUAGAGUCGUCGAAGGUUCAACAAACAUCACCACACUUUAUCAAGAGAUUGCGGAAAUUGGAUCAAAAUACGAGCAGAUCAACAUUAAUGGUCCCAAUCUAGUCUGGAACUCGUCCAGUCAAAAGCUCGAGCCCUCAACGAGUCUUACUCUCGUUUACUGGGAAGAGACUGACUACAAGGGAGCAACAAACUGCUCCGUAAACUUUUGCUCCAAUGACUGCGGUCCUUGCAAUCGUGAUUAUAUUUGCUACGAUCACAAAAUGAGUGGAAUCGCAACCACACCACCUGGAAUUUGCUACCGUGGCUUCAUGGGCCAGUUUGAGCACUUCUUCCCAAUUGAAAACUUGGCUGAAGCUGGCACGGAUUACUUCAACUACGCAAUUUCCCAAGGUGAUCGGCUGAUUUCAUACCAAGAGAUCAAUGAUGUGAUGGCCGAUCAAAAUAUGGCCAGAUAUGAAAGUGAUGAUGUUACUGUCAUCACUCGGUUCAUCAAGGGUGAUGAUACUUGGCUGUCCCCCGUCAACAAAUACAAUCUGCAGCCCAACGCAAGUGGUAUUUUUGCUACGUUGGAAUAUUCCUGGAUGCCUUCUUACAACAAUUACACCCUUCAAUGGCUUUACCAAGAUCUUGCGAGCGAGUUCAUUCCCAAGUUUGGCGAGACCUACGACGUUCGCCCUCACUGGAACAAGAUGCAAUUUCAAAAUGAGACCUAUACUUCCACCAUCUUCCCCAAGAUGAACGAUUGGCUUGAGAUUCAGGAGGACAUGGAUCCCAAUUGCCAGUUUGUCAACCCAUUCAUGAUCAAUGCCCUUGGCAUUGAUCGCUGUCAGUCUCUGUUCCAGUAG